AUGAUAGUUUACAAUCAUAGAAAAUUUGAAGUAUUAGAUGUAAUCGACUUUCAAUCUACUGUUCCUAAUUCAAUGGAUUUUAAUAAUUUUGAUAGUUCAGCUGAAGGCUUAAGUGUUGGAGUACCAGGAAUGCUAAUGGGAUUAUGGGAAGCUCACAGUAAAUUUGGGAGACUUACUUGGCAGGAAGUAGUAAUACCUGCAAUUAAUCUUGCAAAAUAUGGGUUUUCGGUCAGAAAAAGUGUCAUGUCUUCUAUUUCUCGUGUUAAUGCUAAGUCUGUAUACAAUGAAAACUUAAAAUUAUAUUUAAAUUCAUUGAAAGAGGGGAAAAAUGUUACUUUUCCAAAAUUAGCAAAAACACUUGAAACUAUUUCUGUCAGUGGUUUAAAUGAUUUUUACAAUGGGACAUUGGCUAUGGAUAUUGUGUCUUCGGUAAAAAAAGCAAAGGGCAUAAUUACAUUAUUAGAUUUGGUUCAAUAUAAAACAUCUCACAGCGAUUUAUUGCAUACUAAAUUUGGAAACUUUAAUAUACUCGUACCUGAAGGGGGAUUUUUAUUGAAUAAUGCAGUUUUUAACGGUGGGGUCAAUAAUGAGGGGAGACCUUAUUCCCUUUACUCACCCGUCAUUGCUGUCGAAAACGAUGAAAUUUGCGGAAGGCGAUUGAUUGCAGGUACCGGAGAUGCCAUCAUUGCUGCUCAAGUGUUGGCAAAUGCAUUACUUUUUAAUAGAAACGUUACCGAAAGCGUCGAAUUUCCUAGAUUUUUUGUUAAUAAAGUGCCUAGAAGUUUAGAAUUAGAAGAUGAGCACAGUCCUUUUUUUGAUUCUUUUACAUUGAAUAAAAUAAAAUCAUUAAUGAAUAUCACAAAUAUUUCACCUCCUUACAAAAGUUGUAACGCAAUAGAAAAAAUAGAAGAUAAAAUAAGUGGACAUUCUGAUUCCAGAGGAUUCGCAAUCAGUAUUUUACAAACUAAUGCCAGUGAUAGUAACGGUAAAGUAUUGGAAACAUCUGAUUUAUUGAAAAAGGAAGGUUUUAUAAAAGAAAAGAAUAAUAUUAAUAAUAAAGAGGAAGAAUGGAAAAAGCAUAAGAAUUUUAAUUCCGAAGAAAAUGAAAAAUUUGAUAAAGAUAAGAAAACCUGGAAUGGUCAUCAACAUCAAAACGGUCGUCAUGUAUACAAAAAACAUUUGGAUAAGUUAAACGAAAUUGACAGCGAUGAGUAUGUGGAAAAACACAACAAGUAUGGGGAAAAUUUUGAUAAAAAUAAAAUAAAGUCAUUGGCCUACGAUACUGAUGUGAAUUAUAUAGAAAAAAAUUUAGAAAUUGAAAAAAAUAGCGAGUUGAUUAGCCAAAAAUUUAGAGAGCAAGAAAAAACCAAAGAAAAUUAUCAAGAAAACUAUCAGAAUAAAAAUGAAUUUUUUACUAAAAGAUCUAAAAAAAAUUUUUACGAUAAUAUAAAAAAUAUUGAUUUAUCAAAACCUCCAACUAAUGAUACAACUCUCUUGGCUCGUUAUAUUGUUCACGCAGUAGAUUGGACUGCAAUGGCAACAUUAUCAACAAAAAAUUCGACUAAAGGUGGACCUUUUGUUUGUGUAAAAGCAACCAGCGAUGGACCAGUCGAUAAAUCUUCUGGAAUUCCAUUCUUUUACUUAAGUUCACUCGAUAUUUGUGCUAAAGACCUUGAGAAAAAUAACAGGGUGGCUAUCUUAGCAACAUUGUCUCAAACAGAUUAUUGUAAAAAUGAAGAUUUGGAUUCGCAAGACCCAAGAUGUGCUAAAGUUACUUUAUCUGGUGAAAUUAAAAGAGUAAAACUUGGAACUGAUGAAGCAAGAUUUGCCAAAGAUGCUUUAUAUUCAAGGCAUCCAGUGAUGGCAGCCUGGCCUCAGGGUCAUUCAUGGUAUUUUGCAAAAUUGAAAAUCAGUGAAGUUGCACUUAUUCACACAUUCGGUGGAGUAAAAUACAUAAAUGUAAAAGAAUAUUUAAAUGGUGGCCCUUUGAACACCAUAAAGUAA